AUGAUUAAUCUUUUAGUAUCUGAUGAAGAUAAAGAGAAGUAUGAUCGUUACCUUCUUAGAUCUUACAUUGAAGACAAUAAAAAGUAUGUGUUUAUAGUUGAUAAAGUUGUAUCUAAAGAGUUAUCUGGUACUGUUUACUAUCUGAAGAGGGACUUAAUAUCUCACAAUGAUGUUGAAAAGGAAGUUUACACUCUUUUGAAGAGAGACCACAUAUGUGAUAGCCACUAUUUUGCUCUGAGAGAUGUUCUCAAAGGUUUGCCGUGGAAUGGACAAGGUAUUGAUCCAAGCAAAUGGGAUUCUGUGUUUGAAAGUUUUGAGCAAGUCGAUCCAUCGACUACCCGACUUUGA